CAAAUUCUUAUGUCGUCUUGAGAAUGAUAUUAGACAUCCCAUCGUACAACAAAUGAUGGCGAGGCUUUCUGUAAAUGUACAUCGUUUGGAGUGGACAAGGUUACAGACGACGUUACAGAGACACAUCGCAAUGCCCGCCCUAGGCCUAUAAUUCUGAUUUUCAUCCGGAAACACGGUGUAAACGUUGAAAUUUGUUUUGUUCCGUGUGUCGACAUGCGAUAUCUUGCUCCAGAUACACAGACAGCACCAGGGCUGGAGUCGUACCAUGAGAGUAUAAAUUGAUUGUGUCAUAGCGAUCACAUCAGCAGUUAUGAGCUGUUCGGUGCUGGUGGACGCGAGUUCCUCCACCUUAGCGGAUGAUCUAUACACAUUCCGUGAAGAUCCCGAGUCGCCGAUUUCAGGGAACUCUCCAGAGGCGGAUAGCGCAGGCGCAGGCGGUAAGGCUGCCGCGCCGUGCAAGGUGUGCGGCGACAAAGCCUCCGGCUACCACUACGGCGUCACAUCCUGCGAAGGUUGCAAGGGGUUCUUCAGACGCAGCAUCCAGAAACAGAUCGAGUACCGCUGUCUGCGGGACGGGAAGUGCCUGGUCAUAAGACUCAACAGGAACCGCUGUCAGUUUUGCAGAUUCAAGAAGUGCUUGGCUGUAGGCAUGAGUCGCGAUUCCGUCAGGUACGGCCGGGUGCCGAAGCGGCCACGGGAGGUCGUCAGCUCGGAGAGCAUGCCGGACUUGACCAAAAACCUGGGGGUCGGAACCCCAACACCUACCUCCUCGGUAGAGGAAAUGGACACGGACUCCCUCCAACUAGAGCUGGCCAGGGACCUCGCUAAAGUGGUGAUCACCGCUCAUCGCAACAACGACGCGUAUUCCGAGGACUACGUCCGCAGCAUGCACCUGAAAGCUAUCAUUGUCAAGACGGAAGACGCUGAUAACGACGGAAACGGAGGGGAGGAGGCAGCAUGCUCGGGCGCAGUGCGUGCUAAUAAACUAACAGCUCUUUGGUACAAUGUGGCGGUGCGCAUGACGCCCACCGUACAGCAAGUGGUGGAAUUCGCCAAGCGUGUGCCCGGAUUCAACGUGCUGCCACAGGACGACCAGCUUAUACUUAUCAAGCUCGGGUUCUUCGAGGUGUGGCUGUCUCGUAUGGGCCGGAUCUCCUCGGAGGCUACCAUCUUAUUCGAUGACGGGAACUCCAUCGACCAGACGCAGCUCGAGCUUAUGUAUGAUAUCCCGUUCGCGAAGUCGAUGCUGGCGUACACAGCUCGCAUUAACAAGAUGUGCAUCACCGAGGACGAGAUGGCGCUCUUCUCCGCCACCCUGCUGCUGUCCCCUCACCGGAACGGGCUGUCUGAUAAGGACAAAAUAACCGCUCUCCACAUGUCCCUAAUGGAGGCCUUCCAAUUUGUGGUGACCGAGUCCGGAAUAUCUGAUGUGCCGGCCCGCAUGGAGGCAUUCGCGGUGGCAACUCGCGAAGCCCGUGUCUUGGGUCUGCAGCAUAACGACCAGCUGACUUGGUGCCGGCUCAACUGGCAACGGCUGGUGCUGCCCGCUCUCUUCUCUGAGAUAUUCGACAUCCCGAAAGGGGAGGAAGAGGAUCCGGAGGCCAGUGCUCUGCCGUCACCUCCCUCAUGCUCCGUGCCCCAACAGGGAUAAAACCCGUCGGAGGCCUCGAAUCCUUCGAACCUACUGCUUGCUCUAACUUCUCACGUGGCUUGUUAUUGAUCCCAUGUAGCGUAACGUAGUAUGUGCACAAUUGAUUUCUAUAUACCAAGUUUAAAAACAUAGAAUAAUAUCGAUGUUUAAUAUUUAAUGAAUUACUCAACCCACAAACAAGUCGGUUUCAAUCGGAAGAGUUCGAGGAAUUCGGGGCAGACAUCUUUAUGGUCGGAAUUAGGAUAAGAAUAAAUGGAAGUGAAGCAGGUUUAAGGACGACAGAUAAUGAAUUUGUUCAUCUUGAGCUAUUUCUGCCAUACUGAUGAUUGUGAUCCAAUGAGUAGCGGCCGAGUUUCAGUAAGGAGCCGCACUUCGCCGGGUCAUUAAAAUGUCUUCAUCCCUCAUUGUGGUGGUGGGUUCGAGCAGAUAGCUUAAACAAUUAUUAUAUCUAAAUAUAUGUACCCGCAUAGCGUUACUCUUGUCAGUUAUAUUAAAUCUAAUGUAAUGGUAUACCUAUACGUACAUCUUAUAAGUAGUUGUGUUUCAACUUAAUCAUAUUAUAUCAUUUUAUUUGUGAUAGUAAUGAUAAUUUGGCAGGCAUUUAUUUAGACAUUAAAAACUCUUAAAUUGGUCUUCAUUUUUAAGCUUUAUUUUAAGUUCCUAUACACGCAUACACUAAGGUCAUCAAUAGGUGUUUGGUUAAACUAAAAAUUUAUUUCAUUAUACUUAAGAAAACAUUUUUUGUACAAUUUCCUUAUAUUUGUUAAUAUUUGUAUGUUCUUACAAAAUUGUUGAUAAGUUGUUAUAAUUGUUCGUGAUUCGUUUGGGAAGAUGCAAUCAAUUUUUUUUUGUUUUUUUUUUUUCGUUUCUUUGUAUAAGGUUUUUAUCAGUGAGGUUUCAUAUAAAUUGAUUAUUUACUUUCGUUUUAAGGUCACAAUGUUUGUUAAGACUGGAAUGUUUUAGGAUUUAUUUUAGUGUUCGUUGCUGUAUAGCGAGUUUUUUUGUUUAGUUUAUUUUCAGAGUACACUUCAAUAACUGACAUAUAAUAAAAUAAUAUGUUAAUAAAACGGUGGCAAAUAGCAACUGUCAUGUGUCACUAAUGCAUAUCAGUGUUUAAUAACACUUAUCGUAAGAAUUACAUGAUUAGCUUACUUAAAUUGAAGCGACUCUGUUGACACAAAAUCUUAGAAACAGAUUUGUCUGAUCAUAUAUUGCAAAUUCUACAGACAACGUAAGAAAUCUUUAUCUUAAUAAAGUAACAUUGCAUUUACUCGGCAUUUGGACAAUCUUGAUUUCUAUUAGUAAUCAUUUAAUGUAGAGAAUAUAAUAAAGAAAAAUUGCAUUUUAAUAUAUUCUAUUCCCGACACACCAUAAUUAAGGUGUUAGAAUAAAAUAGUAUUGCCGUGGUCUAGCCCAUAGUGAUGGUGACGAGAUGCAUUUAUAUUAGAUAAAAACUUUCAAUGUAUACCUUCCAGAUAUUUCUGAUGUACUGGAAUUAGUUUUAUUUUGUUAUUAUGUAGUAGUAACACCUCUAUACAUGAUCUGAUUAGUUUAUUAUUUGCUGAACUUAAAAUAUAAAUAAUA